UUGGCUUCUUUGUACCCCUUGCCCCAGCUAGGUAGGUCAGCCGUGCUCCUGUUUGUAGAGCUGAAGCUGCUGAACAGCCUACAUAUUACACCUACCUAGCUAGGCUUUGGGGGCCGCCAGAGUCAAGUUUGCAGAAAGACAGGUCCACUGGCUCAAUUAAGAGCAGUUUCGUAUGCGCGUGAGGCCAAGGCGGGCCAGAAUUGAGGGGUGUGUUCCCUAGCAAGCCUAGCAGUCAUUGAAUCGCCGGCUGUAGAUUCCGUGGCUUCUUCUGGUGAUGGCUGGCUCAAGCCAGCAGAAAGCCCUGAGCAGGAUCGCCGCCAACCGGCUGCAAAAAGAGUUGACGGAGUGGCAGCUGCACCCUCCAACAGGAUUCAAUCGAAAACCGACCGAUGACCUCCAACGAUGGAUCAUAGCGCUCGACGGGGUGCCGGACACGAUUUAUGCCGGAGAGCAUUUCGAGCUGCAGGUCGAGUUUCCGGAGCAUUAUCCAAUGGAAGCUCCUCAGGUUAUCUUCACCAAGCCGCCCCUUCAUCCGCACAUCUAUAGCAACGGGCACAUCUGCCUAGACAUCUUAUACGAAGCCUGGUCGCCGGCCUUGACGGUCAGCUCCAUUUGUAUAAGCCUCCUGUCCAUGCUCUCUAGUAACACAGUAAAGGAACGACCUCCGGACAACGACCGCUAUGUCCGGAACUGCAAAAACGGACGGAACCCGAAGGACACCAAGUGGUGGUUCCAUGACGACAAAGUUUGAGCUCGUCUUAGAAACUCUUGGGAUAUCUACUUAUAGUGAGAUGACAUCGUUUCUCGCUCCGAUCUGUCCUGUUCUUCGAGAAUAAUACUGUGUACUUUGAAGGUAUUAGCGGGAUGUAUUCCGUACAGUCUUAGUUUAGAACUUGUACAUAAAGCUACGGCGAAGCUAUAGGGACGUUGCGAUUCUGCCAGUGCUGAUAAAUGUUCUUGUUCGCAUGUUGCAAUAUUCUUCAUCUUCCCGCCCAUUGCAUUGUAGAAGUGCACCGAUGCAUGUACCAAGC